AUGUGGAUAAUGCUCGGUCAGCGCCCCUUGUUCGAGGACAUACUUGCCACGCCGGACGACAUCACAGCGGAGCAGGUUGAUACUCUGGGGGAAUUACCUCGACGGUGGUGGAAGAAAUGGGAGGCAAGACACGAGUAUUUCGAUGAAAGUGGGAAACCAAAUCAAGGCCGACAAGUGAGGUCUUGGGAUGACCGCUUUGAAAAGCACAUUCAACUCCCACGACAGAAGGCUGGAGUCCCGGGGUUUGAUGCAGAGGAGAAAGCUGCCGUUAUGAAUAUGUUGCGGUCAAUGCUGUCUUUUGAGCCGAAGAAGCGGUUGACUGUACAGGACAUUCUAAAAUGCGAGUGGAUGGAAAAAUGGGCAUUGCCAGACUACGAGGAAUCUCCCUUUAGCGACAGCGCAGGCUGCGAACGAUACUUAUAA